GCCGAGUUCAACCUUACCAUGACUUGUUUUCUCGUUACGAUCACCAGCUCCAAUACUCUCUAUUUCCCGUGGUUCAUACUUGCUUCAUCGAGGUGGAUUGAUGUGAUCUGCAACAUUGUGCAUUGGCACAUCACUAGAGCCUAGAUUAAGAUAAAUGAGGUAAGAGUACAACUGCAUCUUAACGCAAAAAGGUCAAAAACCGAUGUAUCCAAUGAUCUAACCGUUCUCUGGUGCCGCGUCUUUGCCUUGACCACCUCUCAUAGACAAGACAUUUGUUGUUGAUGAGUUGACAAAGGAGAAAGAUUCUGUAGAUGGGACGUGGAACACAUGAACCAUGAGUAAUGAGUGCUUUGGUCGUACAAAAACAUCAAUGGGGAAAACAGACACAAAAACAUCAAUGGCAAUGAAUUUGCCUGUGAAGUACUUUGUGGUCGAUGCAUUCACUGAGUUAGCCUUCAAGGGGAACCAAGCCGCAGUGUGUUUUCUUGAAGAGGAGCAUGAGAAAGACGAUGCAUGGCUUCAGUCUCUGGCUGCUGAGUUUGACCUUCCCUUGACUUGUUUUCUUACUUCGAUCAUCGGCUCCAGUCCACCACGCUUUCUUCUCCGGUGGUUCACUUCUGUAGCUGAGAUGGAUAUAUGUGGUCAUGCAACAUUAGCAUCUGCUCACAGUAUCUUCUCAAACAGUUUGGCUAGUUCUUCUAAUACGGUCGAGUUUUCGACCCACGCGGGGAUUCUAACUGCUAAAAGGCUCUCUGAUUGUGAUGCAAGAAGAUCUUUCUUGAUCGAAGUGAACUUCCCUGUGAUCACAACUUUUGAGUACAGCUCCAGUGAUGUCUCCAUCUUCUCUAAAGUCUUGGACGGAGCUACCAUCGUCGAUGUUCGAGACACUAAAACAGAUAAACUCACAUUUAAACCCUUGAAAGGAGCUUCCAAAACAACUUCAACAGAUCAAAUCAUGGUUGUGCUUUCAUCUUGGGAAUCUGUCAUUGAGUUGAAGCCAAGAGUGGAUGAUUUAAUGAAAUGCCCUGGCAAAGUGAUGAUUGUUACCGCUGCUGCUCCCCAAGGAUCUCCGUUUGAUUUCUGCAGUCGACUCUUUGCUCCAAAAUUAGGACUCAAUGAGGACUCUGUAUGUGGAAGUGCACACUGUUCAUUAGCACAUUACUGGAGCAUCAAGAUGAACAAGUGUGAUUUCGUAGCUUAUGCGGCUUCAAGAAGAAGUGGAACACCGGGAAAGGAGAAGCAGAGAGUCUCGCUCACCGGGAAAGCUGUGACUGUCAUGAAAGGCUCUAUCUUAGUUUAACCUUUGGCUGUUUGAUUUCUCGAACUCCCUAAGUGUUGUAAUAAAGUGAUGAUGAGAGUCAAUAAUAAAACGAACUGAGUGCUGUAAGUUUGGCAAUAA